GUGAGCCAGAAGCCUCGCCCCCCGACGACGUUCCAGAGGCUCUGCCGCUGCCGCCCCACCCAGCCAGGCCUCACCAUCCGGAUCGCGCCGGGCCAGCUCGCAGCCCGCAGUCACUUCCCCGGGACCAUGCUGCGCUGGCUGCGGGCCUUCGUGCUGCCCACCGCAGCCUGCCAGGACGCGGAACCGCCCACGCGCUACGAGACGCUCUUCCGGGCGCUGGACCGCAAUGGAGACGGCGUGGUGGACAUCGGAGAGCUGCAGCAGGGGCUGCAGAGCCUGGGCAUCCCACUGGGCCAGGACGCCGAAGAGAAAAUUUUCAUUGCCGGUGAUGUCAACAAAGAUGGGAAGCUGGACUUUGAAGAAUUUAUGAAAUACCUGAAGGACCAUGAGAAGAAAAUGAAGUUAGCAUUUAAAAGUUUGGACAAGAAUAGUGAUGGGAAAAUCGAGCCUUCUGAGAUUGUCCAGUCUCUCAAGAUGCUGGGUUUACAUAUUUCUGAAGAUCAAGCGAAACUGAUUCUUCAAAGCAUCGACGCGGACGGGACAAUGACAGUGGACUGGAAUGAAUGGAGGGACUACUUUUUAUUUAACCCUGUUACGGACAUUGAAGAGAUUGUCCGCUUCUGGAAACACUCGACUGGAAUUGACAUAGGAGACAGCUUAACUAUUCCGGAUGAAUUCACAGAAGAUGAGAAGAAAUCAGGACAGUGGUGGCGGCAGCUUCUGGCAGGAGGCGUGGCUGGCGCCGUCUCCCGAACUAGCACUGCUCCUUUGGAUCGCCUCAAGGUCAUGAUGCAGGUUCAUGGUUCCAAAUCAAUGAAUAUAUUUGGAGGCUUUCGGCAGAUGGUGAAGGAAGGAGGAGUCCGUUCCCUUUGGAGAGGAAACGGCACCAAUGUCAUUAAAAUUGCUCCUGAGACAGCUGUUAAGUUCUGGGCUUAUGAACAGUACAAGAAGCUGCUUACCGAAGAAGGACAAAAAUUGGGAACCUUUGAGAGGUUCGUUUCUGGUUCCAUGGCUGGGGCAACUGCACAGACUUUUAUCUAUCCCAUGGAGGUUCUGAAAACCCGGCUAGCUGUAGCCAAAACUGGACAAUACUCUGGAAUAUACGGUUGUGCCAAGAAGAUUUUGAAACAUGAAGGCUUUGGGGCUUUUUACAAAGGCUAUGUUCCCAACUUACUGGGCAUCAUUCCUUACGCAGGCAUCGAUCUCGCUGUGUAUGAGCUUUUGAAGUCUUACUGGCUGGAGAACUUUGCAAAAGACUCUGUCAACCCCGGUGUGGUGGUGCUACUGAGCUGUGGGGCCCUGUCCAGCACCUGUGGGCAGCUGGCCAGUUACCCCCUGGCUUUGGUGAGGACUCGAAUGCAGGCCCAAGCCAUGGUAGAAGGGACCCCGCAGCUGAACAUGGUCGGUCUUUUUCGGCGAAUAGUCUCCAAAGAAGGGGUGCCAGGACUUUACCGAGGCAUCACCCCAAACUUCAUGAAGGUGCUCCCUGCCGUCGGCAUCAGCUAUGUGGUGUACGAAAACAUGAAGCAGACGCUGGGAGUGGCUCGGAAGUGAGGCGCCCAAGCCGUCUUUGCCACGAUGACCAAAGUUGUCAGCGCGCGUGCGCACACGCGCUCACUCGCUCUCCAGGGUCUUCUGGGAUUGCAGCACAUCUGUUGCAGAAGAAGCUGUUUUUCCCCAGCCAAAGGGAAGAGACUCGGCAAUCACUUCAAGCAUUUGGACUCAGUCUUCUAUCUUCAGUCAUGUUCAAAAUCACAGUUUCAAUAAGUGUUGAAGAGGCCACAAAAUUGUACUUUAUAUCACCUUGCACCCUAAAUCUGAAAAUGUACUUGCUUAAGCUGAAAUCAUUUUUGUGUGGUAGAAUUAUAAAUCACUAAUCUUUGUUCUGAUUGGUCCAAGUUUAUGUCAAUUUGUUUAUACCCAAAUUUUUAAAAAAAUACCCAAAAUGAUCAGAAAGCCUUGGGACUCAAAUUGUUCUAUAUAUUUUGGAUAUCUUUAUAGAUGUAAAAUUCUCCUACAGGAACAUUAGUAGAAAAAAAUCACUGUACUUAAAAUCAAUCUUGCACAGUUUAUAUCCUCAUCUGUAAGCACAAUAAGGAUGAAUUAUAGUAGCCAAAUUUGUGUAUGGAGGAGCAGUGAGAUAAUAUUUAUUUCGGUGGACACUCUUCUGUUCUACUUGAAUUGUUAUUUGGUCCCCACUUUUAGACAUUGAUUGUCAUAUGUCGUUAAAUUAUUGAUACAAGUUAUUUGGUAGAUCCAUUGCUUUCGAAAACAUCUGUGAACAAAACCGUUGACUUGUACCAUUUCCUAGAGAGUGUCUUGGUUUUGUUUUGUUUUGUUUUGUUUUUUUUUUUAAUCAAAUUCUCUUAAUCAGGAAGGCUCCCUGGGACCUUCACAGCAAUCUGAAAUUGCUCUUUUCAUGACUGGAGUGCUGAUUUCAGGUAAAUAACACCUUCAUUUCACUUUUACGGUUGAAGUCUUUUGAACCUGUGCUUUGCAGAUGGAGUGGCUCAAAGCUAAGACACCAGCACAUUUCAACAGCAGUAUAUAUUCAUUGUAUGUAUUUGAAUGAAAGGCUCAAUCUGCAAACAUACACAUCCACAUUUUCACUUGCCUCAAGAUUUAGGAAGAUGGCAGGACAUUUGUAAUAUCAACAGCACUUAAAAUUUUUAUUGAAGCUGAUUUUGUAGUCAAUGAUCUUUUAUGAUUUGUUUUAUUACAACUUAGAAAAAUCUUAUUUCUUCUAUAAGAAGAUAUUCAAUAUUCUUACCUGCCUGUGGAGGGAGAGGCAGGUGACUCUCUGAGUUCAAGGCCAGCCUGGUCUACAGAAUGAGUUCCAGGACAGCCACAGCUAUACAGAGAAACCGUGUCUCAAAAAACCAUACACACACACACACACACACACACACACACACACACACACACACAUUCUUAACAUUUUAAGAUUUAGUCCAUAUACUCAUUUAGUUUCUGGUAAUUUAUGUUAUAAUUGCUUUUUGAAAAAUCUAGUGAAAUGGGAAUCUUUGACCCUAGCCUACCUCUUUUAUUUUUUGAACCAAAGAGACAAGAUGGACUUGUGUUUAUGAGACUCAUUCUACAACAUAGUUUGGUUUGUGUUAGUGAGGGACACCUGCUGUUGUCUCAGUUUUUUAUACUGUGUAAGGAAAGGGAGCAACUCUCCUUUGUCCUCAGGGUUAUUGUACUUUUGAGUAAUGCAUAAAAUGACAAUAUUAAGGUACAGGAUUCAUUCCUUUUUUACUCAUAACAAUUAUGGAAAUGAAUAAUUCUGUUAAUGUUUUUGGAAUUUCAAAUGGACAAAAACUAUGAAAAUAUUCAUAGUUCAUUAUGAAAUUAAAGUGCCUCCCCAUGAACAUGUGUAAAGUAUCACUGAUUUAUUUGUGCAUCUUGUAUCUUUUGGGAAAAAAGCCUCUCAUUGAAGACAGCUUAUUUCUGACAUUGCUACACAGUUACUGCUCAUUUGUAUUAAAGAUGUAUGUCUGUUUGUAAAAUGA